UGUUCAUUUUGAAAUAAAAACAGGUCUCUUGGAAAAUCCACUCAUUUUCAUAUUGUUCCCCAGUUUAAGGAUCAACAUGGGGUCACUUGUCCUCUGGAGUUGGAUUGCUGCACUUUCAUGUCUCCUCUGUAUGGGUGAAGUUCGGUGUGAUUGUACAGGGGAGGGAAUACAAAUUAUAGGAGGUACCUACACACUGACAAACGAGACGAGAGAAGACAGCAAGUUGGCCUACCACUGUCCUGAGGGCUACUAUCCAUAUCCCACUUUGACCCGCCUGUGUCAGGCUAGUCGCUGGAAACCAGCAUCUAAAAUACUUUCAAGUUGCAAAGUUGUUGAAUGCCCAGACCCCAAUGUGCUGGAGCAUGGAAGUGUCUUGCCUCCUCAGCUAAAGUACUUUGUGAACAAUGAGACCACAUUCGAGUGCUAUUCUGGAUACAGAUUGAGAGGUUCAGACAGACGUGUGUGCUUACCAAAUGGAAAGUGGAGCGGCUCCACUCCCAUCUGUAGCCAUGACUCGUGGUCCAGUUGCCCUGAUCCUGGUAUUCCACCUGGCGCCUCAAGGACAGGGAACAUAUUUAAUAUUGGUGGAACAGUAAAAUACAGCUGCAGCAACAACAUGAUUUUGGUGGGAUCGAAGGAGAGAGUGUGUCAGGAGAAUGGCCAGUGGACUGGAUUGGAGCCAGCAUGCUACUACAAACAUACGUAUGACACUUCAUUGGAGGCUACAGAGGCAUUUGGCAGCAUGAUUAAAAACACUCUCACCCUUUCAGAGCCCACUGGGAAACUUAACAUCUACAUCGCAGUGGAUAUUUCUCAGAGCAUCGACAGGGAGUAUGUCAGAAAUGCAACUAAUGCUAUCUCGCAACUUAUUCAAAAGAUUUCUGGAUUUUCCGUGACUCCAAACUAUGAAAUCAUCUUUUUCUCCUCUGAAGUAUUUGAAGUUGUCAACAUUCUUGAUUUUGUCAAUGGAGAUGGAAUGUUAAGCACCAUCCUGAGUAAAUUGGAAAAAUUUCAAAGAAACAACGACAUGACUCGAGGAACAAAUCUGAACCUCGCCUUUAGCACAUUCUUGGAGCGAAUGGCAGUUAUAAAGCUACGAGCUGGAGAAGAGGCUUUUAAGGAACAUCGUCACGUCUUUAUCCUUUUCACAGAUGGUGGUUAUAAUAUGGGUGGAUCUCCUGCACUCACAGUGGAAAAAAUAAAGAACCUGGUACACUCUAAUGUGAGUAGAGGAGAAGAUUAUUUGGACAUUUUUAUUUUUGCUGUUGGAGCUGAGAUCUUUGAUGACGACCUGCAGCCGCUCACAGUGGGGGGCGGUGGACGGCAUUACUUCAGAAUGAAGUACAUCGGAGAUUUAUCAGACACAUUUGAAGAAGCAAUUGAUGCUGCGGACGUUCAGCCCCUAUGUGGUCUUCACAAGGGUCAAUCGUAUCCAUGGUUGGCAAACGUCUUAAUCCGGAACAAAAUAUCAGGAAGUCUGAGGAGAUGCCUUGGCUCUCUGGUGAGCCCUUGGUUUGUCUUGACUGCCGCUCACUGCUUCACAUUUGAAAAUCAAGCCCAGGACAUCACAGUUGAGAUUGAUGACGGCAAUAACAGAGUUAAGCAGGUUAAAACAAUGAUGCAGCACCCACUGUUCAAUGUUAAUGCUAAAAAGAGCAAGGGUGUGAUGGAGUUCUACGACUAUGAUGUGGCUCUCCUCCAACUGCAAGAAGAGGUUCAAAUCUCUGACAAUGCUAGACCUAUUUGCAUACCAUGCAUCCAGGGGACCAGUGAUGCUCUAGGACUGUUUGGUAAAUCCACCUGCGAGCAACAAGAGAAGGUUCUGCUCACUAAUACUAAUGAAAAACUCAGUUUCCUGACCAAGAGAGGAACUAGGGUAGUUGAAAAAACUGCCUACGCUAAGCUGGGAGAUAACAGAGCUGAGUGCAUCCAACAUGCAUUAGAGGCACCAGGCAUAAGUUCAACCAACGCGACUGAUGUUGUGACCGACAACUUCCUAUGCACUGGUGGUCUGACUCCUGCCCGAAGUGAUGUAUCAUGUAAAGGUGACGGCGGAGGUCCUGUGUUCAAGAACUAUCAAGAUCGCGCAGUACAGGUUGCAUCGGUCAGCUGGGGAAACAAGGAAUUGUGCUCAAAGGGUUCCUCUGAGUCAGAUGAAACCUCCAGAGAUUUCCAUAUUAAUCUUUUCAGAGUUGUCCCCUUUCUCAAAGCAGUCCUUGGAAAUGACACCCAGACUGACUAUACACCACUAAAGUUUUUGUAGAGCUAAAUGCUUUUACAUACUGUCAUUUGUUUUACCAUUUCAAUUAUAUAAUUGUGUAUACUGUAUAAUUAAAAGAAAGCACAUGUUCACAAAAAUGAAAGGAAUUGCAAUUUUAAAAAAAGCAGCCAGAUCUUAUUCCGCCCUAUGCACCCAAGGAAUACCUUGAUGGUUUUUGCAUUGUUUGGCUGUGAUUUCUGAUUGUAUGUCACAUUAUUGGAAUGUCUACUAUCAAAUAUCGCACCAAAAUCAAAGAAUCACACUAUCACAGAUUGUCAAAGGGUUGGGGACAGUAACAUACACACACAUAUAUAUAGUUGAGUGUUAUUAUUUUCAGAAACCAAUGACUGUCACUCCCCUACAUUUGAAACACAAUAUUGUGCUUUUGACUCAAUUA